AGCGGAAAAACGGUCAGCAAUCAAAUUCUAAGUUUGAACCCCUUCAUUGAUCCCCUAGGAGUGCUUAGGGUGGGGGGUAGACUCGAUAAAUCCAAUUUGCCGAUGGCCGCCAAGCAUCCGGCAAUUUUGCCGAAAAACGCUCAUCUGACCAAAUUGAUCAUCGACUUUUUUCACCGUCAAAAUCUUCACGCCGGACCUCGCUUACUGCAAAGCAUCAUAUCCCAAAGUUAUUGGAUUCUUUCAGCUCGUUAUGCGAUUAAAGCUCAACUUCAUAAGUGUAUUAUUUGUUUCCGAGCCGCUCCCAGAAAUGUUGCGCCGCAAAUGGGGCAACUUCCAGAGUCCCGCGUCGUCCCUGCCGCGCGCUGCUUCCUGAAAGUUGGAGCAGAUUUUGGUGGUCCGUAUUUGAUCAAAGACUCUAAGCGACGAAAUGCACCUUCUCAUAAGGCCUACAUCUGCUUAUUCAUUUGUUUGGCAACGAAAGCAAUUCACUUAGAGCUCGUCUCCGAUCUUACUACGGAAGCAUUCAUCGCCGCGUUGGAGAGAUUCACAUCGCGCAGAGGCAUGUGCACUGAAAUUUACUCGGAUAAUGGAUCGAAUUUCAAGGGCACAAACAAUUAUUUGGAUGAGCUUUAUGAAUUUUUGCGUGAAGACAAGUCAAAUGAAAUGGUCACAAAACAUUUAACUUUGAAAAACAUCAAAUGGCACUUCUCGCCACCCACUGGCAGCCAUUUUGGUGGCAUUUGGGAGGCUGGCAUCAAAUCAGUGAAAUUCCACCUAAAAAGAAUAUUAGGUGAUCAAAAAUUGACGUUUGAGGAAUUCACUACGCUCCUAACAAGAAUUGAAGCGAUUCUCAAUUCUAGGCCUCUCUGCCCCAUUUCCUCUGAUGUGGAGGACCUCAAUGUACUUACGCCCGCUCACUUCCUCAUCGGCGGCCCGCUCCUGAGUCUGCCAGAGUAUGAUUCGUCGUCCACUCCUUCAAACCGCCUCUCCAGAUGGCAACUUUUACAGCGAAUUUCACAGCAGUACUGGAAACAGUGGUCAUUGGAGUACCUGAAUACUCUGCAACAGCGUGCUAAGUGGCGGACUCAAGCGGCUGAAACUCUCGCUGUUGGUGACUUAGUCCUCAUCAAGGAUGAAAAUGCACCGUCCUUGCAAUGGCAGAUGGGACGAGUCAUCGAGCUGCAUCCAGGCAAAGACGGCAUUGUUCGUGUUGCGUCAGUGAAAACAACGGCCAACACAUUGCGUCGGCCGCUCGUGAAACUCUUUCGCCUUCCCGUCGAUUGAGAUUUGGGCCUCUUCAUUGUUGUAAAUUUUUCGUUUAAAUGUGUGUAAAUAGAAGUAUUUUAGUGUUAUUUCUACAGGUUAAACGUUCCCAUUUUAACUCAGCAUGAACAGCUGAUCCGUCUCGUUCGGGAGAAAAUACCCGCUAAGGGAUGAACCUUGCGCAGCCUUGGCUGGUUUUAUGACUUUCUUCCUGUCACGCCGCGCCGCACGCCGAGUCGCAACCCUCCAGGCCGCUCCGUCACUUUCUUCCUUUGUUUUGGGCCACUUCGAGCGAUGAAUGACCUGAGCCGCGGCCAGUGCAUCGUCCACCCCCGCAUCCCCUGACUGGAACUGCUUUCUACAGUGCACGUGCACCCCAUCCACACCCCUCGCCUCGGCUCAAAAUUAGGUCAUCAUCCCCCGCUCAAACAUCAAUGGAUUAGCAUUUCGAAAACUGAUUGAGUCAGCCUCUUCACUCAGCUCGUCAGUCAGUCUCUACGCUCGUCGCUAAUCAGCCCAUGUUAUUCUUGUGUAAAUUUGUUAAAUUCUCUAAUUUUUAUGUAAAUUUUAAUUUGUGUCCGCUCUGAAUUGUUUGUUAACUUUUUUUUUCACAAAUUCAGACAUUUUCUCCCUUCAAAUGAGCUUUAA